AUGGUUAGAUUAGACGAGGGAUUAGAAUAAUUUAAUUCAUAUAUUCAGAAAAAUUGUGGAAAUACAGAUAAUUAAUAAUAGAAAGGUAGAGUUAACUUUUAAUAUUUUUAUAGUUGAUGAGUUAAUUGAAAGCUAUAGAUUGGAAGAAGCAUUAGAAUAUUAUAAUUUAGAUAUUGAGAAACACCCUGAAAAUUCAGCCUAUAUUCAGAAUCAAGGUAUACUAACUCUGCUUAUUGCUUAGCUAUCAUCUUAUUUAAAAUGAAUAGGGUUAAAGAAGCAUUUAAAUAUUAUAAUUAGGCUCGUUAGUUCGAUCCUAAAUAUCUAACCUAUAAUUAUAACGAAGGUAUACUUUAUUCGGCAUAUUUACAAAGCGGUUUCUUUAGUGAAAAUGAAUAGUUUGUGUGAAGCGUUAGAAUACUUUAACUUUGCUAUAUAGAAUAAUCCUGGAAAUGAAGAAUGUUACAAUUAUAAAGGUAAAUUAACUCUGCAUUUCCUUAGCGAGUAUUUUAGAUGAAAUGGGUAGAUUUGAAGAGGCGCUGAAAAAUUAUGAUUUAGCCAUUUAGAAAAAUCCUCAAAAUUCACAUUUUUAUAGUAAUAAAUGUAUACAUAAUUUUUUAUUUUAUAUAGCAAACACUUUACGGAAAAUGAAUAGAUUGAAAGAAGCAUUUGAAUAUAAUAAUAUCUCUAUUUAAAUAAACCCUGAAAAUUCAGUAUAUUAUUACCAUUAAGGUAAAGUAAUCUUUCCAUAUUUUCUUAGCCAUCACCUUAGAAUUAAUGGGGAGACUGAAUGAGGCAUUAGAAUUUUGUGAAUUUGCUAUUAAUAAGAACCCUAAAAAUUCCGAAUAUUUAGGAUAUAAAGGUAUGAUAAGUUCAGUUUAUCUUCUUAGCUAACAUUCUAAGUAAAAUGAAUAGAAGGGGAGAUGCAUUGAAAUAUUAUCGUUUGGCUAUUUAAUUAAACCCUGAAAAUCCAAAAUAUUAUCAUGACUAAGGUAGAGUUAGUUCUUUAAUUUUUUAGCUAUCAACUUAUUAGAAAUGGGGAGAUUGGUCGAAGCAUUGCUAAAUCAAGAUUCAGCAAUUAUGAGAGAUCCAGAAAAACAUAAGUAUUACAAUAACAAAGGUAAUAUUAAAUUUUAUCUUUAAAUAGCUGCUAUUUUACAAAGAAUGAAUAAACCAAAUGAAGCAUUAGGAAAUAAUGAUUUGGCUAUUUAGAAAAACCCUGAAAAUCCAGACUAUUAUUUCAACAAAGGUUGAUUUACUUCUAUAUAUUUAAAAAGCUACCACUUUAGUAUAAUUGAAUAGAUUAGUAGAAGCUUUGGAAUAUUAUGAUAUAGCAAUUUAAAAAAACCCUGAAAAUGCAGAUUAUUAUUUCAGCAAAGGUUGAGUUACCAUAUAUUUAAAAGCGACUACAUUAGAUUAAUUGAAUAAAUUAGAAGAAGCGUUAACAUAUUAUGACUUUUAUAUUGGUAAACACCAUAAAAAUUCGAACUAUUAUGAAUAUAAAGGUACUAUUAAUGUUGAUAUAGCGAAAACUUAUUAUAAUUUUUUAUCUUUUUCUAAUAAUGAAGUUGAAUAGAUAGGAAGAAGCAUUGAAUUAUUAUAAUUAAGCUAUUUAAAUAAACCCGAAAAAUUCCCACUAUUAUAAUAAUAAAGGUAUAUUAACUUUUCUGAUAUGCAUAGCGAUUGCCUUAUUUAACUGAAUAGAUUUGAAGAAGCAUUAGAAUAAUAUGAAUUAGCUAUUAAGGAAGACCCUCAAAAUUCAGAAUAUAUUUCAAACAAAUGUAAACUUAACUUUGGAUAUUUACAAAGCGUCUACCUUAUAUAGCAUGAAUAGAUUUGAAGAGGCACUAUAAGGUUAUGAAUAAGCCAUUUAGAUUAACCCUGAAUAUUCCGCCUAUUUUAACUCUAAAGGUAUAUUAACUUUGUAUUUGUACAUAGCGAUUACUUUAGUUAAAUUGAAUAGAUUAGAAGAAGCAUUAUAAUAUUAUGAUUUAGCGAUAGAAAAAACCCCUGAAAAUCCUGAGUAUUUUAAUGAAAAAGGUAUAUUAACUUUAUAUCUGCAAACAGCUACUACUUUAGAUAGAUUGAAUAGAUUAGAUGAAGCAUUAUCAAAUUAUGAUUAGGCAAUUUCGAAAAACAGGACUAAUUCUGAGUAUUUUGAUAAUAAAGGUAACAACCUGUUUUCAUUAUAAACAGCGGCUAUUUUAGAUAAAAUGAAUAAAUUUGAGGAGUCUUUCUUCUGA